AUGCCGGUGGGCGGCAGCCCGCUGCGGUGCCGGUGCUGGAAGCGUGAGCGGAAACUCGCCGACAGACCCGCUCCCUUCUCCCUUGUGGGGCGUAACGGGCAGGGCCGGUGUCCCCUAUCGCGGAGCCCCGACCGACCCUCCCUCUUCCCGCAGCACCCCCGCAGAGGAGCCGCCGCGGCGGCCAAGAGCAGCCUGCUGCAUGCCGUCAAGCGCACGGCGGCGGCCUCCCGCCUGAGGCUAUGUCCCCGCACCGUCCUAAGUGACAUGGGCAACCGCGUCGCUGAGCCGAAGGCCCGGGCUGCUGUCAUCAAGGCGAUGGUGAAGGGGCGCUGCAGACAGGAGCCCAGCACCAGGCUCACCCCCUGUCCGGAGCAGACGGCUCCCAAGAAGGUGCGGAGAGCCGACGACGACGAGGAGAUGCCGCCACCGGCCCCGGAGCCCCAGCCGGAGCCGGAGACCUCCCAGUUGGAGCCUCACUCUUCAAACUCCAUGGAGUUUUCUGGAUGCUCCCAGUCAGAGAACACACUGUGUCAGGCUUUUUCUUGUGUCUUGCUUGAUGUGGAAAAGACAGAUGGGGAAGACAUAGAUGUGGAAGAUGUUGCUGACCCAAACCUCUACAGUGACUAUGUGAAGGACAUCUACAAGUACCUGAGACACCUUGAGGAAAAUCAGUCUGUCAGACCCAAAUAUCUGACCAGCCAGGAAAUUGAUGAGAACAUGCGUGCUAUGAUGGUAGACUGGCUUGUGCAAGUGCAUCUGAAAUUCAGACUCCAGGAGGAGACCUUGUACAUGGCAGUUGCCAUCCUCGAUCGCUACCUGCAGGACAAUUCUGUUUCCAAAAAUACAUUGCAGCUGGUUGCUGUCACAGCUAUGUUUGUUGCCAGCAAAUAUGAAGAGGUGCUUCCCCCCAGUACUAGAGACUUUGCCUAUAUAACUGAUAAUACUUACACAAAGCUCCAAAUUUGCCAGAUGGAGACAAAGAUCUUGCAAGCCCUGGACUUUGGUCUGGGUUGCCCACUCCCUCCACACUUCCUAAGGAGGGCUUCAAAGAUUGCAAAGGUGAACUUCAAACAGCACAUUCUGGCCAACUACCUGAUGGAGUUGUCCAUUGUGGACUACGAUAUGGUGCAUUUCCCUCCAUCCAAGACUGCAGCUGCUGCUUUCUGUUUGGCUCUGAAACUCCUCAAUGGAUGCAAGUGGACACCAGUUCUGCAGCACUGCACGUCUUAUACCGAGAGUGACCUUCUCCCAGUCAUGCAGCACAUAGCGAAGAACGUAAUUCUUGUGAAUGAGGGCAAAGUCAAGGAGAUGGCCAUCAAGAUGAAAUAUGCCAGCAGCGAAAACAUGAAGAUAAGCACCAUUAAGCAGCUGAACUGCUCUAUCAUAUGGAAUCUAGGCCAACCUCUGAUUAGCAAGCUGUGAACUCAACCAGAUUGUUGGCAUAACGUGCCCCUGUGUAUAUCACGUAUCUCAUGACUUCUGAUCCUUUUAAUAAAAUAG